AUGGAACAACGACGACGAACAAAUACAGAAGACUCACCUUCUCAAUCUCCACAAGAAGCAAUCACUAUUCUCGAUCCACUACUACAAACUUUUAAUAAUCAAUAUGAUGAUACGCUCGAAUAUCAUAAUCGACGAUCAUCUGUUUUUUACAUUCCAACGCCGAUUGUAUCUGAAUGUGAUAACGAAAAUAUUAAUUUAAAUAAAACAAUUCAUCUUUUUAGAAAAUGUUUUCGUUCUAUGGAAAGAUUUUCUGGUAUUUUAUAUGCAUUAUUAGCGUCAUUAUUAUUUACAUGCGUAAAUUUUAUUAUACAACAACUAAAUGUUAUUCUAUUAGAUGCAUUUCUUAUAAGAUGUUUUCUUCAAGGAAUUAUUUCAUAUGGAUUUAUUAUUUAUAAAGGUUAUCAUCCAUUUUCAUGUUCAAAUAGCUUAUUGGUUUUUAUUCGAUCUCUUAUUGCUGCGACAGGUAGUGUUUGUUUUUAUUUUGGUCUUAUAUUUCUUCCUUUACCUGAUCUAAUCACAUUACGAUAUACACAAAUUGUUUGGACAGCUCUUCUUGUUUUAAUUAUAUUUCGAGAACGAAUUACUAUACCAAUAAUUAUAGCAAGUAUAUUAACACUUAUAGGUGUUAUUAAUGUUGCUCAACCAUCAUUUCUUUUUACAAAAUCAAAUACUUUUAAUGAAACUUUACAAAUAUCAUUAAUAAAAAAUAAUGAAAAACGUUUCUUAGGUAUAAUUCUUGCAUUAUUAUGUGCAUUUUCUAUAUCAAUGACUAUUGUAUUAACUAAAAAACUAUUUGAAAAAAAAGUUCGACAAAGUAUAAUAUUAUUUCAUUUUAUUUUAAUAACUUUUAUAUUUUUAUUAAUAUGUCAAAUAUAUUAUUGGACAUAUUCAAAAACAAAUCAUCAAAAAUUUAAUAUAAAAAAAAAUUAUUUAACAAAAAAUUUUUUCUAUGCAACAAUACUUGCAACAUUACAAAUAAUUCCAAUGAUAUUAUUACAAAAAUCAAUUAAACGUGAACAUCCAUCUAUUGUUACAAUUGUUCAAGCAUCUGAAAUACUUAUUUCUAUUAUAUUACAAAAUGUUUUUUCAAGUAUUAAAUCAAAUACAUAUACAUUAAUUGGUUCAACACUUGUCCUAACAAGUAUUAUUAUUGUUGGUGGUCAUAAACUUUGGCUAGAUCGAAAAUAUCGUAUUUGUCUUUCAACAGCAAUAGAAGACAAAUAA